AGCUGGAACAUUUUCACACUACCGUGUAUGUGUGUGUACUGUUACUGUAUGCGUGUGUGUGUGUGUGUGGUGUGUGUGUGUAAGCUUUAAUGUGUUGAGAUUGUUUUGGAUCUCAGCAGAAGGUUAGGUCAAUGCACUCACAUCGCUUACCAGAGCAGGCCAGGUGAGUCUCAGGUAAGGGCUGACGUCAUCAUGGUACUUUUGAACUCCUCGGCUGUAAAUCUAUAAAGGUGUGUACUUGCUGCUCAGGAAGCUGGCCACAGUGUGUGUAUGUGUGUGCGUGGAGUCGCCGUGAAGGGAAAACAAGAAGCAGAGAAGUGGCUCGGAAUAAACCCCCUAAAAUGCUCCAGGAGAUUUGAGCGGUUUACCUGCGAAAGGCUGCUGGUCGCCAGCAUGUAUCCCAACUCCCAGCCGGCCAGACUCCCUGCCCAGCCACUGCCCAUAAACAGUCAGUACGUAAUGCCAACGUACGAUUUCACAGCUUACCAUCACAUGGCGGGAGUCGCCGACCCGUCCGGAAGCGCCUGGAAUCCUGUUUACCGCGAGGAAUACCCGUUCGCCUUCCCUAGUUCGAGCCCCGCCGCCGGGCAGGUGAAUUUCAACUCGGCAGAACUGAGCGACAUGCCCACUAUCCCUGCGGGAGGAGGCCUCAACCACUACAAUCUUUUCUCCAGUCAGGACCCUUUUUGCUCCCGGAGGAGACCCCAUGAGCCUGUCAAGAUGCCCGCACCUCCAGGAGGAAAGACUCGCACAAAGGAUAAAUACAGGGUGGUGUACACCGACCACCAACGCCAGCAGCUGGAGACUGAGUUUCAGUUCAACCGCUACAUCACAAUGAGGCGCAAGGCUGAGCUGUCCAUGGCACUGAACCUCUCAGAAAGACAGGUGAAGAUCUGGUUUCAGAACAGACGUGCCAAAGAGAGGAAGAUAAACAAGAAGAAGCUGCAAGAUUCCCAGCAGCCAUCCACGUCCACCUCCACCCCACCUGUGCCCACUGGAUCCAAUGACGGCCACAACGCAGCGAGCCCAAGCAGCGCCAUUCCGUCUACUGCCUUAUCAGAAGGAUACAAGAUGGAAUUCAUAUGACUUUUUUUUUAGCAGAGUGAAAGAAGUGAUCAGCGAAAUGACAAAACUGUGAGGCAUUCACAAUCAGCGCUUUAGUCAGAAAUGAACUACGAUAUGUCUGGCAACUUUAAUCUGGGAAUGUGAAUCAUCCCUCAGAUAUUGUCAAGACCUCAAAUUAAUAGAUACAUCCUUUAAUUUGGAAAUAGUCACAAUGAAGAAACUUAACUGAGUAUGUUGGGAUUUGUUUAUAAGUUCAGAUAUUACGUGUCUGUGCAACAGCAAAGGCUUUUUCUGUUUACUGUGUGCUAUAUAUGGAACAAUGUGAAUUGCACGAGAGCACAUAUGGAGAUAGUACAAAAACAAAAGAGACUUAAAACUGAUUUUGAUGCAUCCGUCCAUCCAUUUUCCAUUCGGCUUAUCCUCACUAGGGUUGCGGCGUGCUGGAACCUGUCACAACUAUUUUUGAGUGGUUCGAACUGGUCACCAGCCUAUGGCAGUUCACUGAUAGGCAAACAACCAUUCGCAGACACAGUCACACCUAUGGGCAAUUUUGAGUCUUCAACGAACCUACCGUGUAUGUUUUUGGGAUGUGGGAGGAAAACAGAGUGCUUGGAGAAAACCCACACAGGCAUGAGGAGAAAAUGCAAACUCCACGUAUGUGGGUCCGGGAUUUGACCCCAGUCCUCAGAGCUGUGAGGCAGACGUGCUUCCCGCUUGGGUUUUCUUGGUGCCGAUUUUGAUUCAGUCAAAAAAUAUUUUUAUGUACUGGGAACAGAAAGUGAGAACAAAGCUUCAUUUGCCACAACUAAAAAAAGGGCAACUGCACAGAAUUUCACAAGUUAGAUAGACAAAUUGAGAUAGUGCAACUGGUUAGAGUGUUGGCCUCACAGUUCUGAGGACUGUGGUUCAAAUCCCAGCCCCACCUGUGUGGAGUUUACAUGUUCUCGCCAUGCCUGUGUGGGUUUUCUUCAGGCACUCCGGUUUCCUCCCACAUCCCAAAAACACGCAACAUUGACUGGACACUCUAAAUUUCCUUUAGGUGGAAUUGUGAGUGCGGAUGUUUGUCUCGAUAUGCCCUGCGAUUGGCUAGCAACCAGUUCAGGGUGCACCCCGCCUCCUGCCUGAUAACAGCUGGGAUUGGCUUCAGUACUCACGCGAACCUUGUGAGGAUAAGCGGCUCAGAAAAUGGAUGGAUGGAUGAAUGAAUGAAUCUAUUACAAAUGUAAAAAGUUUAUCUGAGUGGUGAAUGUGUACUGAAUGUGUCGAUUUGAAAAGAAGAAAACAUUUGUAAAAGGGAUAGCCUACCGCACCGCCAUGACUUUGGCUGAAAGGUGCAAAGUUUUGAGCUCAUGGAGAAGUUUUAGACAGACAUCAGCCACAUCCUGACGAGCAGCCAAAGAUUGCUCAACAGCAUGUGACUCAUGAGCGAGCGGCCUUUACACCUCCACAUGCUCCCACAGACACACACGCAGACAUACUCACACUUUAUUCCCUAUUCAGCUAUUGCAUGAUUUUGUAAAAAAAUAUAUAUAUAAUAAUAAUAAUAAUAAUAAUUAGUGACUGCCUUUAUCGCUUCUUGUCUUUUGUUUGACUUGUUUAUUAUGUCGGAAGUCAGAACUGUACGGGUAAGAUUUUCUGAAGAUUACUUCAAAUCUCAUCUUCUCAUCUUUUGGUUUAAAAAGAGGAAGGAAAGAUUUCAAAAGUUGCACAUUUGAACACUCCACCUUAGCCAAAAGACCAAUGAGCCAUCUUUUUAUCAGAUUGUCGUGUGGGAAAGGGUUUACAUUUUAAAGUGUUUCAGUUUUCUUAAUAAAACAUGUUUUGCUGAGCCGUACACAAGUUCAUGGCAAUUUUUUCUUUGGAGUUCUUUAGAACUAUAUAUUUAUUUUCUAUAACAAUUGUCAUAGUGACUCUCAAAGUGUGGCAUGUGUACUAGUGUUGUGUGGGCUACGCGUUAUCGUAUCCAAAAGAAUCACUAGUUUAAACUGCAUAUUAUAUUACAAAGGCUUUAUUUUUUUUUAAAUCCUUUCGUCUAGGAGAGCUCAGUUGUAUUUCACUUUUGGAAUAAAUAUAGUUGAAUUUGAUCUAUUUAAAACACUUAUUAGGGUACUGUAUAUAUUUUAUUUUCAUCAGCAACAAGUUUAAAUUGAAUUGUUAUUUUCUUAUCUUUUUUUAACUUUCCUAAAUUUAACUGAAACUGUGAAUAACAUAGCAGCUCCUUACUGUUGCUGUUUUUUGUUUUUUUUAGAAAGAAAACUGUAUCCAUCAGGCUUUUGGCCUCUGGAUAGUUGUAGAUGGGCUUUCACUUGAAUGGUACAAGACUUAAGUAUUGUAGGAAUCCUUGGGUCAUCCUAUCCAAGAUUGUCAGCGCCUUGAACACUGACUACGAUCAUCCACGUGGCACACAAAGACAAACGCUCACUAUUCCCACUGCCACGGAGUGGGAACUGAACGCAUGCUGCCCAGGCAGGAGUCAGUGAAGUGAACACUAUUUGUGGCUAGUUUUGCAACUUGAAAAGAAAUGUAGAAAUGUUCAGUCAGGUUCAAAAAGUUGACAUCUCCCUACUUGUGUAUUUUGAAAAAAUGCAUGCUGUCAUUUAAAUGAACAAUCAGUGACUUUAAAAACAUUUUUUUAAAUAUUUUUUUUAAAAAACAGUUUGAGAUGUACAACAUGCAACAUCAACUCUGUGGCCUCCAAAGCACGUACUUUUAUAUAAAGAUUGAAGCUACAUCAAAGAUAAUGUCUCAAAACACGAGUGUGGGUUUAUAGUUUUAUAUCGUUGACAUGAUAGAGUUUGACCACAUGAAUGUGUCGCAACAAGGUUUAAUGCAUUUACUCGCCGCUCAGGGCAAGUCAAAGCUUUUAUAGGUUAAGCACAGCACGCUUUCCAAAAUUUAACUUUUUUGUGUGUACUUCAAAACGAUGAAAAAUGCAUUUCUGAGAGAAUUUUCGACGGUGUGGCGGACUUAACACAACACGGAAGAUGAAAAUGGCACAUAACUGUCAGAGCUGCUUUAUGACACUGGCGUUGCGUUAUCAAUUAUUUGCUCGGGAGAUUAUGUCAGUCAAAAGUUCAACUGAGUUUUACGGAGAGCAUUCAGUUAAAAAUAAUCUCAAGUAGGUGCUUGAAGACAUUACAACGAUCACAGACCAUAAACAUGUUUGAUGGGGCUGUGAAUCAGCUAAAAGUUUGACCGGGAUUGUUGAACUUUGACCCCAAACAACCAAACCAAAUCAAUCCUAGUCAAAAAGUUUUAGUCAAAGAAGAAUCAAGGUGUUUCUGCUGUGCUGAUAUCAUAUUAUUCACAGAAACACAAUCUGUAGCACUUUAUCUCCAUAGGGAAAAAAAAUGGUUCAUGUUGCAAAGUGUGAUAGAGUUUUAAAAAAUGGACCCUAUCUUACCAGAGGGAGCAAAGGUUUGACCACGCCCAUGACCAUUGGCAGAAAGGGCAUGGUAACAUGCUUUUUAGUUGUUCCAUAAUAUUCCCUUUGACUUUUUCUUUUUUUCUUUUUUUAAGAAAUGUAAUAAUUGUGUCAUAAUUAUGGCUACACUUAAAAAGGAACUACUGUGAAGUAGGUCUGAUCAUCCAUCCAUCCAUCCAUCCAUUUUCUGAGCCGCUUAUCCCCACACGGCUCGUGGGAGUGCUGGAGCCUAUCCAACUUAUCGUCGGACAGGAGGCGGGGUACACCCUGAACUGGUCGCCAGCCCAUCGCAGGGCACAUAGAGACAGACAACAGUCGCACUCACAAUCACACCUCGGGGCAAUCAAAAGUGUCCAAUUAACGUUGCAUGUUUUUGAGAUUUGGGAGGAAACCGGAGUUCCCAGAGAAAACCCACCCAUGGUCCACAAGCAUCUUACACAGGUCAAAUUAAUAAAUACAUUGGACAAGUUAAAUGCAUUCUGUUAGAUUAGAAAAGGGAGUCAUUGUUUGUUUGUUUGAAAUAACUUUACAGCAGCGAACAAGCUUUCACAAACACAGGCUCAACUGCAUUGCUAUUGGUCACAGUCAGUUAUGGCGUAAAAAAAAAAGUAUAUCACAUAAGAUUCUUACUACCGGUUACCAGUUCUGUUUUUCUCUCUCAUUUUCUCACACCAAGCAACGGUCCUUAGUCAAUUUUGAAUAGCUGACACAUGAUGUCUAAUCAGAAAAAGCAAAAGAUCCUCUUUUUCUGAAGAAUGCUCCCACUAUUCAAGUCAACGGAUCAGAUAUGUUACAAAUUAAACAGGUUCUUGCUAUCUCCUAUUAGGAGGCUGCCACCUUAUCUAAAGCAGAGCAAAGUAUUUCUUUACUGGAAGCAAAUGUAUGAUAAUUAUGAUCACAAUUAUUCCUACAACGGCGUGACUCAACAAGGUGCCAGUAUUAACCUCCCCAACUCAUAAAUUCGCUAUCCGUUUCUGCUACCCCGCGGUGCCAGAUGGUCACAGGAAGCCUGGUUUAUGUCACUCGGACCAUCAACUGAAUAACGUGUGUGCGUGUGUGCGUGCGAGA